AGAUUACCAGCCGGCUUCAUCUAGAGACUGCGAUAUACCAAGCCAUCCUCACGGAAUCUUAGGGAUCGUUGCGGACAAAAACUGUUCAUUCCGAGAUUCUGUGGGCACUCAAUCCAACCAAUAACAUAACAGAAGCCAUCCGUCGAUACGGAAUUUCAGACAAGACUAUUUCACUUCUUGUUAUCCACGUAUCAAAUGCUGGGCUGUCCACGUCGGCAGUACAAGAGAAACUUGCACGUGUGGUAGACGGAACUAUGUUGCCAUUGUCUUCCCUCCAGAAUUUCACCGAUUGGACCACGAUCAAGAAAUAUUACAAACUAGAUCAAGAAAAGGCCCUUAUCGCGACAAGAGACGACCUUUCGAAACAGCAUGCCGUUAUCGACGACAUCGUCGUGAGCUCGGUUGCCAUGAAGAGUGUCAUGGGAUGACUGCUGCGCCUAUGUAGUGUAAUUGUCCGUCUGAAGGCGUCCAGGACAUCAUCAGUUCUUGACCCCACCCCCUUGCGACAGGCCACAGUCUACCAUCUACCAUUGAGGGCCCUUCCACCGACCUCAUUCUUCUGUUAAUGGUCUUUGUUUCCGACUCAGGGUGGUUCAGUACCUUCUCGAGGCUCGUAAUCAAUUAAAGUCAGACCUAUAUCCUUUCGUAUACUGUUAACGAGUCCUUGAGCGUCUGUCUACGAUAAAGGAAAAUCCUACCAUCGAUGGUCGUUCUAUGAUCCAGAUUUCAUCCACGCCCCUUGUUUGUCACCAAGGCCGGAUUUAAGAUGCUAUCAUUUAUGCGAUCUGUGCCUAUAAAUGUCACACCCUGACUGAAAGAACCAUCAAGCUUUAUCUUGUC